AUGCGCCCGAGUCAAGAUCACCGCGUACAAUACCGGUUGAACGGCGCAUUCCCAACAUUACCCCUUCUGCCAGUGGGACGCAUAGAGGCUACAAUCAAGAUUGAAGCGCUCGUCGCUGACAAUGGAGGAACGUUCUCCAAAACUGUAGAUUCUACCACGCAUUUAGUCUCUACUGAAGCGGAUGUCAAGAAGAACUCCGCAAAAGUCAAAGCUGCGAACAAUGCUGGCACGCCCAUAGUCACCCUUGAGUGGCUGUUGGAUUCCAUCGAGGGCGGCAAGAAGGAGGACGAAACCUCCUAUCUUCUUUCUAGUGGACCACCCCCACCUCCUGCUCCCAGUACCAGGCCGAAGCGGAAGGCUGCUGCACCUGCCGUUGCUACCGCUGACGAUGCGGACAGCGACGAACCACCGGCAAAGAAGGUGAAGACGACCGCUGCUCCCAAGGGCAACGCCAAGGGGAAGGCGAAGCCCAGGUCCAAGGCAAAGGUUGUUUCUGAGGACGAGGAAAUGGAAGACGUCGAAGAUGAGGAGGAAGAGGAGAAGGAACCGACACCACCACCGCCCAAGAUGAAGACCGUCAUCAGGAAGGGGAAGGCUCCUGUCGACGAAUUGUGCCCCCUUGCUGGCAGUCAUCACGUCUACGUCGACGAGACUGGGGUCGCUUGGGACGCCACCCUCAACCAAACAGACAUCGGAAGGAACAACAACAAAUUUUACUACUGUCAAUUACUGGAGAGGGACAAUUCUCCUAUGACCUAUGCCGUCUUCUGUCGAUGGGGACGUGUGGGAGACCGCGGGCAAAGCAAAAUGUAUGCUGAAUCCGUUUCGCUUCCCGCUGCGAAAUCAGUUUUCGAUAAACAGAUGAAAGCUAAAACUGGCAAAUCCUGGGCUCAGCGGAAAGAGGCUCUCGGAGGAAACAAGAAGUACGCCUACCUGGAACGAAACUAUGACGAUGACGACGACGACGAAGAAGAAGAAACCACACCGACCUCUAAUAAACCUGGAGCAGAGGACUCCAAACCACCUCCCAAACCAACUAUUGCGCCAGAACUCGUCCGACUCAUGGAACUCAUCUUCAACUCUUCCUUCAUGCAGCAGACCAUGGCUUCCAUGUCCUAUGACAGCAACAAACUUCCUCUUGGAAAGUUGUCAAAGGACACCAUUCUCCGUGGCUUCAACCUGCUUAAGCAGAUCGGCGAGGUCAUUGGAGACCCAGCAAAUGCCGUUCAAAAUUUCAGCGAAUACGGCAACUCGUACCAGCAGAUCUUGAGCCAGUUGAGCAGCCGGUACUACACUGUUAUUCCACACAACUUUGGUCGCAGCGUCCCACCGGUUAUUGGAGACCAAAGUAUGUUGAAGCGGGAGGCAGAGCUCGUUGAAAAUUUGAUCGACAUGAAGAUCAGCACCGAAAUUAUGACAGCGAGUGUGAAGGACAGUGAUGUCCACCCCGUCGAUAAGCAAUUCGCGUCUCUGGGAUUGAACGAGGCCAUCCCUCUCGACAAGACGUCCUCAGAGUACAAAUAUCUCGAAGCAUACGUCAAGAAGACCCAGGGCCAUACCCAUUACAUGAAGCUGCAAGUUGAAGAGAUCUUCCGCAUCCGACGAGACUCGGAAGAAGCUCGAUGGAAAGAGAAGAAAUGGCACGAGUACGAGAAUGACAACCGAAUGCUUCUGUGGCACGGUAGUCGAACAACAAACUUUUCUGGUAUUCUUUCCCAAGGUCUGCGUAUCGCACCACCCGAAGCCCCAGUCAGUGGGUACAUGUUCGACAAGGGUAUUUACCUUGCGGACAUUGUCUCUAAGAGUGCCAAUUACUGCUACCCUCAGAUAUCUGCAAACACUGGGCUGCUGCUGCUAUGCGAAGCCCAACUCGGUGACCCGAUGUACGAGUCGAAAGGUGCAGACUACUAUGCUGCCACCAACUCCAAGAAGAGCGGUGCAAUUGCGACGAAAGGACUGGGCCGCACCGUUCCAUUGGAGUGGGAGGACGCAUCCAUCAUCCAUGAGGACCUAGAGGGUGUCCAGAUUCCGAAGGUCUCGAGCAAAAAGGACAACAUAACCGGCAACAGCAGCGACAGCGGUCUAUACCUGCAGUACAAUGAAUUCUAA